AUGGCGCAGAAAGGAGUUCAGCUGGACAGACAAACCUUCUGUUGUUCAAUCUGUUUGGAUCUACUGAAUGAUCCGGUGGGUCUUUCCUGUGGACACAGUUACUGUAUGAGCUGUAUUGAAAAACACUGGGAUGGAGAGGAUAAGAGGAGGAUGUACAGCUGCCCUGACUGCAGACAGACCUUCACACAGAGGCCUGUCCUAAUGAAAAACGCCAUGUUAGCAGCUUUAGUGGAGCAGCUGAAGAAGACUGGACUCCAAGCUGCUCCUGCUGAUCACGGCUAUGCUGGAUUUGAGAGGCAGAGAGAGCUCGAGGUGAGUCGACUAAACAUCCAGCAGAGAAUCCAGGACAGAGAGAAAGAUGUGAAGCUGCUUCUACAGGAGGUGGAGGCCAUCAGUCGCUCUGCUGAUAAAGCAGUGGAGGACAGUGAGAAGAUCUUCACUCAGCUGAUCCGACUCCUCCAGAAAAGAAGCUCUGAUGUGAAGCAGCAGAUCAGAUCCCAGCAGGAAACUGAAGUGAAUCGAGUCACAAAGCUUCAGGAGAAGCUGCAGCAGGAGAUCACUGAGCUGAAGAGGAAAGACGCUGAACUGAAGAAGCUCUCACACACAGAGGAUCACAACCAGUUUCUACACAACUACCCCUCAGUGUCACAACUCAGUGAACCUACAGACUCAUCCAGCAUCAAUAUCCGUCCUCUCAGAUACUUUGAGGAUGUGUCAGCAGCUGUGUCAGAGCUCAGAGAUCUACUACAGGACAUCCUGAGGGAUAAAUGGACAAACAUCUCAGUGACAGAGACUGAAAUGGACGUUUUACUAUCAGAGCCACAACCAGAACCAGAGCCCAAGACCAGAACUGAGUUUUUACAAUAUUCAUGUGACAUCACUCUGGAUCCAAACACAGCACACUCAUAUCUGUUAUUAUCAGAAGGGAACAGAAAAGUAGAAGCAAUGAGACAACAACAGUCUUACUCUUGUCACCCAGACAGAUUCACUAAUUGGUAUCAGGUCCUGAGCAGAGAGAGCCUGACUGGACGUUGUUACUGGGAGGUGGACUGGAUAGGAAGAGCAGUUUGUGUAGCAGUCGCAUACAAGAACAUCAGCAGAAGGGGAGACUCAAGAGAAUGUAGAUUUGGAUUUAAUGCCAAAUCUUGGAUGUUAAAUUGUCACACUAACAUUUAUAAUUUUUGGUUCAACAAUAUUCAUACUCCUGUCUCCAAUCCUUGUUCCUCCAGAGUAGGAGUGUACCUGGAUCACAGAGCAGGUAUUCUGUCCUUCUACAGAGUCUCUGAAACCAUGACUCUCCUCCACAGAGUCCAGACCACAUUCACUCAGCCUCUCUAUGCUGGACUUUGUCUUUAUUAUGGAGCCACAGCUGAGUUUUGUCAACUAAAAUAG